AAGUGAGUAAUAUAAUAUUUAAUGACAGAAUUGUACAGUACAGACCUUGUAUUGUGUUGCGUGACUAAAUCAAAGCAUUCAGGUAGCUUCAUGUGUCUAGGGAAAAAUUGAUCAGUUAUUCUCAUCCUAUUUGCGAAACAAGAACAAGAGGCAACAUUUUUUAUGAUAAAAAUGGAUUGGAGGACGGGUCUUCUGAUCUUAACGUGCGUGUUUUAUGCUGAUGGUUUUUCAAAAUAUGGGCGCUCGUGCAAAGACAUAGGGUGCCUUAACAGCGAGGUGUGCGUUCUGGCAGAAGAUCCUUGUUCUUUCGGCCACACCAGGGACUGUGGCACUUACCCAACAUGUAAAAAGAAGACUGCAGUUGAAGGAUCACACGCUGAACCGCAGCCGUCGGUGCCUAAACCAAUGCCAGCGAGACCUCAGACACCCUCGAGGGACUCCGACUCGGCUCCUAACUACCCUCCGCCCGCCCCGCCUGCUGGCGGCUCCCCGUACGGCGGCUCGCCUUAUGGAGGAUCCUCGCCAUACGGCGGUAGCUCGAAUAACGGAGGAAGCAACUAUCCUGGAGGCUCGCCCUACGGAGGUGGUUCUCCAUACGGAAGCAACACAAACGGAGGCAGCAGCUACCCAGGAGGCUCACCUUACGGGGGCGGUUCUCCCUAUGGUGGAGGCUCUCCUUAUGGAAGCAAUUCAAACGGAGGAAGUAGUUAUCCGGGAGGCUCACCUUACGGAGGCACCCAAGGUGGUGGCUCGCCCUACGGAGGAAACUCACCAUAUGGUGGAUCCAACAACAGAGGAGGUAAUUCACCAUAUGGUGGCUCAAGCUCUGGAGGUUCAGGCUUCGGUUCUGGCGGCAAAGGAACCUUGGACAGCAUAUUCAAUACGCUUAACAAAUACGCUAGCGGAGGCGGAGGCGGAGGCUCCAGCAGCGGCGGCAACGGCCAGGGUCUGUCCAACAUCUUCGGCAGCAUUCUCGGCAAUCUGUCUAAAAACGGAGGCAUAAACAACUUGUUCAACACCAGACCGAUUAUGGAAAAUCCUAACUAUGCCUCUCCCUCAAAUUCUAGGAGUUCUAACUCUAACUAUCCGUCAUCAGGAUACCAACCGGCUCAGAACAGGAACUAUGGGGGGACGCACGCCAAACCCAAUGCGGCCUCCACUUUCAAGCCCGCGACCUAUGGCUGGAAUGUCGGCGUGAUACUGGUUUUGACAUACCUGACACAGCAAUACCUCUACAGUAUGACGCGGGGUUGAAAACUAACCUAGUUGUUUAUUGUUAUUGUGCUAAUAUGUAUGUAAUCUGCAGAAAUUGAUAAUUUAUGUUACUACUGUAACUAGAUCGCCGUUUGAAACUUUUAGACGCCUAUACGUCAAGAAACGCACACGAAAUUAUGAACUAUUUUGUCACUUUGUCUCUUAAAUCAAAAGACGGCAGUUAAAUGUAGUUUAGUGUAAGCGCUAAUAUUGUCCUCCAUUACGUCACCCUGUGCUAUAAUAAGCAAAUUACGUAACUACGUCGAAAAUUUAAAGGAUCAUAUGCACUGUAAAACGUUUUACAAAUUUCCUAUUUUUCGCACUUGUAUCGUAAAUAACUAUUAUGGUUUUUUACCGUAUUUGUGAUACAAAAUAUAUUGACUUUAUGUGCCUUAUGUGUAUGCGUGUCUCUUAAUUUUAGAAAGUAACUCAAAAACCUAGUGAUAUUACAGCGAUUGGUAUAAAUGUAAAAUGUGAUAGAUAAUUAAUGGGUGGCAUUCCACCUGUCCAGUGUGCAUUGCGUCUCACUCUCUCAUUAAGCAAAACGUUAGACGCAAAUACACAUUGGACCAAGAAAUUUGAAUACCACCUUCAGCCACCUAAUCUGGUAGAACAUUUAGUCUUAUACGAGGUUUUCCUCAACAUAGAAACAUUUUUAUUUUAUUUGUUAAUUUUUAAUGCAGUCAGGUUUAACCUAUCUGCUUAUAACUUCUGGUGCAAGACUUCCAUUUUAUAGUACCUGUCAAAAUUGUAUUAAAGAAAUAAACAUUUUAAAUAAAA